CAACCCCCGGAGUCUGGCCACAGCGCGCUCAAGCGAGGCGUCAACCACGUUCGGCGGGACGGAAACAUGGUUGACCUGGUCAGGGCUGUCGGCGAGCUCGCGGAGGCUCAGUGCGAGGAGCCGUUGGACGAGGAAAACGCUUUUAGUCUCCUGGCGCCCGUCGGCCGCAUUGGAGUGCGGCCGACGCACCCAGAUCGCUGGAUGAUGGAGGACGGCUUGGCUAAGAAGUUCCCGGGCCGCACAGAGAACGUCGUCUUGCCUUCCAUGCCAAGGAUUGUGGACGAGUGCCCGAAGACGAAGGACACAGACCAGGCGCCCAUCUGCAAAGUCGUCCGUGGUCGGAAGACGUGCUGGGUCAUGCGCACGGGGGCGCAGGCGGCCGUGGAUGUCGACGUCGCGAACUCGCUUGUGAGCGAGUUAAGGGAACUCCACGAGGACCGGUUGCGGGAAUUGUGGGUGCCCAGCGGGGUGCUCGUCGAGACAGAGGACGCGACGGAGGAGGCCCCCGGCAGAGUUUCCUUGGAAGCCCUUCGGGAACGUUGGGGCCGCCACUGCGUUUGCAUGGAAUCAGAUGGCGCAAUCACCCCGACUUGCUUUUAUUCUUGCAAGACGGGCCACUGCCCGCACAAGUACAGCGUGGAGAACGUCGCCGGUAUCAAGGAUUGGGUGGGGACCCCGGCAGGGGGCGCCAAGGUGGGCGCCGCGGAGCUUCGCCGACGGGAGAAGGAGAGGAGAAAACUUGACAAAGCCAGGGCCCGCGUUCGAGCGGCGGAGAUGUUGGCGAAUUCUGCGCGCUUGGACCCCGACGAGACAGAGAGGAAAAAGAUGGGCGGGGCGCGGGGCCGCGCGGCCGCCAGGGCUCCUGCCCGAGCACGACCGAAAGCCAAGAGCGCUGCGAAGCCUGGAGGCGCUGCCGAGAGCGGCGUCGCCCAGGGGGCCGCCGAGCCGGGGGGCGCUGCCGGGAGUUCCGCUCGCCUGGCCGCCAAGGCUCCAGUCCGAGCAAUGGCUUCCGCCCAGGGCGUGUCCAAGCUUGGCGGCGCUGCCCCGAGCGGCGUCGCCCAGGGGGUUGCCAAGCCGGGAGGUGCUGCCGGGAGUGCCGUUGGCCUGGCCGCCAAGACCUCUGCCCGAGCGAGAGGCUCCGCCAAGGGCGUUGCGAAGUCCGGGGGCGCCGGCGGGAGCGGUGCUCGGGGAGCCCCCUGCCGUGAGGAGCGGCCAGACAGCGACACCUCCGGCGAUUCCUCCAGCAGUUUCGACGGCAGUUCCACAAGUGAUUCAUGA